AUGGCUGUCAACACCGUAGGUCGACCUGACUUACCCGACCUUGUUAUUUACGACAUCUUUCGACGUCUUCCGACUAAAGCUGCCGCCCGCUUCAGCUUGCUUUCCAAGAAGUGGGAGGGCAUCUUGGCUUGUCUCCCCAUACUAGAUUUCGACGAGGGUGGUGAUCAGAAUGGUGACAACAACUCGGAACGACAUAAGAAGUUCGUCGACAACAUUUUGAUAAAGUACUUGGAAUUAUAUGAGAGGGAGAAACAGAAACAACUCUUGGACAAGUUCAGGCUUCACAUGACGAGCUAUUUAUACAAGGACGCCAACUUGGUGAAUAAUUUGCUCAGUCUUUCAUUCAAGAGAAGCGUGAAAGAAGUGGAUAUCAGCCUUAGGGUUAGUAAAUUAGACUGGAAUCGAGGUUGGCCUAAAAGGUACUACUUGUUGUCCCGAACGACCUUCCUCGAUGCAAAGUCUAUAACGACUCUGACUUUGGAGCAUGUACGAAUCAAGAACAUUGAUAGUAAGGUGGUGAUGCCUGAGUCUACAUCUACAGCCCUUCUUCCCUCUUUGAAAACUGUCGCCCUAAAAAAUGUGUAUUUUGAUCGCAAGGCUCUCUUCUCCCUAAUUGGCGACUGCCCUUCAAUUGAGAAUCUAUCCUUAAUAUCAUGUUCCUUUGCUUGUUCUGAGAUCUGUUUCUCAAGCUCUAGUCUCAAGAUGUUUGAAGCCAAGUAUUGCAAGGCCAGUGAAAUUGUAGUUUACAAAGCUGUCAAUCUUGAAUCAGUCACAAUUGUUUCGUCGUCGAGCAAUUCUCUGAUUGAGAGGGUGAUCUUGAAAAAAUGCUGCAAUUUGAGAUAUAUGGACAUACAUGGCAGUCACAUGACACUGUUUCAUUUAGAAGACUGCCGUGAAGUGAAGGGAACAAUCAGGGCUCCAAAUCUGGAUUAUUUCAGUUUCGAAGGUUACUUGAACUCCAAUGUUUCUUUGGAAGCUCCAAGAUUAACAGUGGCUCGCAUCAUGUUAUUGGAUACAUGGGACGGCGAACUAUCCUCCUCCAACGAGCCAUGGAAACAUUUCCCUAAACUGAAAGAUUUCCUUGCAGAAUUUGGCAGCUCAAUAGAGAUGAUCCUCUUUGUUCGGGAUUUGAAGGCCCUCAUGUUUCCGGAAAGUUUCCGAAAUGCCUUAUCUUCACCGAUAUUGCCUAAACUCAGACAGUUGGAUUUGGCGACUUACAUCUAUCCAGCAGAGGGGAAAGAUUGGAAAGAACUGAUGAAGUGCUUUCGUUGGAUGUCACCUUCAGCGUCUAUAGUUCAACUCGAGUACAAUGAAGAAUUGGGCGAGUUCGUUUGA